AUGAUGGCCACGGAACCGCCGUCGUUGGAGGAGUUGCUCGAGAAAAAGAAAAAGGACGAGGAACAGUUGGCCAAGGUAAAAAAUGACUUGAAAUAUCGAUUUUUCGAAAAAAAAAGUUGCCGCGUUCAAAAGGAUUCCGCGAAAUUUAAAAUAGCGGUCAGAGAAAAAAAGAUAACUGAAUUUAGGAGUGUCAGAGAUAAUUUUAAAUUUCGCUGAAUACUGAAAAAAACCUGGAAAAAAAGUUUUAAAGCUUAUCCUAAGAAUAUGACAGUUUUUCCACAUAAUUUCAUUGAAAAUCUUCGCAAAAAACCAAUUGUUUUUAAAUAAUUCUAUUGAAGAAAUCUGAAAAUCUAACACAACAAUUUUUCAAUUUUUAAGUUGCGUUUUUUUCAUUAUAAAUGGGCAAAAAAAUAACGUCUAAAUCUUUUGAAUUUUUUCUUGAAAUGGAACCUUAAAAAGGAAUAAUUUUUCUAAGUUUCUCUGCGAUCCAGUAAUUUCAAUUUUUUUCAGAGCUUUGCUCAAACUUUAUUAAUGAACUUUGAAUAAUUGUAUUUCAUAAACUUGAGAUUUUUAAGCUAAUAUUUUUCUUUGAGAACAUAAAAGAUUGGCUAUCACGAGAUUCGAAGCAACUGUUGAAUUUCGACGCUUUAGUUGCUUCAAAAACUGCUAUUUCCUUUAUAUUUAGUGUUUUUUUAAAGCAAAAUAACCCCGGAGAGUGCGUAAAAAAAUUUUUUUACCUUUUUUUGGAAUUGGUAAGUCCUGAAGUACAUUUCAGUCAAGUUUCAUCAAAAAUUUUAACCAGGGGUUGACAAAAAUCCCUUUUUGGAGCAAUCAGUUAAGAUACAUAUUUAAAAAAGGCAGUUUUUUCUUUAGAAAGCUUUGAUGAUCAUGAGUUAUUUUUGGAAUUUUCAAUAAUUUUUCUACGAACUUUUCAGCCGAAAUUCCUGUCGAAAGAAGAACGCGCAGCUUUGGCGAUCAAAAGAAGAGAAGAAGAGGUCGCCAAAAAGAAGGAAGCCCAGAAACAAUUGGAAGAAAGUCGGAAGGCUUUUCUGGCUGGACCGGCUAAACCAAAUGGUUUGGAAGCUAACUUUUUCUAUAAAUUUUUAGUAGAAAGGUAAAAUUGACGAAAACCUGUAUUUAAUAGCAUAGCAAGGAUCAAGAUCAAAUUCUGGAGCCAUAACGUUUACGCAGCGUAAAUAAGUUCAGGGCAGGUUAAAUUGAAAAUUUUUCCAAGGAUAUGAAAAUCCUGUAAGCUAGAAGAGUUUAGUAAGAGCAGAGAUGAAAAGACAUUCUUUUGGGGUUCAAUUAUUAUUUGCGCCGCUCAAAAUUUGCGAUUUUUGAGGGAAAUAAAUGUUAAAAAUAAAUGUCUUGAGCCGGAACGUUUAUGCAGCGGGAGGUUGAGUAAAAUUGGAUUAUUUCAAAAAUUUGCGAUUUUCGAACUCUGGAAACAGAAGAUAGAAGGAAAAAUUGUUUUACCGUUUACGUUUACCUUCAAAUGAGUUCCAAGUGGGUAAAUAUACAAUUUGUUCUAUUUCCGGAAUGAAGCUUCGAAAUUGCAGAAAAAGAUAGAGAAAAGGAGCGAGACCGGGGUCGCGACCGCGACGCUGAUCGCCGACGCGACAGAAGUCGCGACCGUCGCGAUCGCAGCCGUUCGCGCGACCGAAAGGACCGACGCGACCGAAGCCGCAGUCGCGACCGUCGCCGGGACCGAAGUCGCAGCCGCGACAGACGCGACCGCCGCGACAACGACAGGAAUGGCCGCAACGGCGAUCACAAGGAGAAGAAUGUGAGGGGGAUUUUCCGACGCAAAUUGAGGAUUUUUGGUUUUUCAGGCCGAAGAAGAAGAAGUUUUCGAUUCCAACAAGCUUCAGGAUGCCGUCAAGGCUCGAUAUUUGGGAGGUUCCAAGGUAAAAAAAAGUUCAAGAGUGAUUUUCUUAGUUUAUACUGGACUCUAAUGAGAAGAUAAUACAAUUAUAUUCGAUUUGUGACUAUAAAAAUGCUCCGAAACGUAACUUUUGCAGGUUUUUUGAACUGACGUGGCUUCAUUAAUGAAAAAAAAGUAUUGGGUCAUUUUUGAUUUGAAACCAUAAUAAUGCAUCAAAAUCAAUUUUUUUUUUCAACUUCCUGAAUUCAUAUAUUGUAAUUGAAGUAAAGAAUACGGUUCUGUGCGGUUUGAAACUAUAAAAAAAACCUUCAAAAUGAAAUCGAAAAUGAUUUUUUUUUUCUAGAUAGAAAAAAGCUGGAUUAAUGCUUAUACAUGGUUUCAAUGUUUCAUUAAUAUUUUAAAAAACAAGCAAUUUGAAUUUUUUUGUUGGUCUCUGGUACUUACUAUAGAAACGCUGGAAAAAUCGGUCGAUUUUGUCUUUUUUGAAAAUGGCCAUUUUUUUUGAAAGUUUUGAAGUUUUUUUCAGUUCAAAAUUGUUUGAAUGUCCAAAAUGGGUAAAAUUCUCGAUUUCGGUAAUUUUUUAAUUUUCGAAAAACUAAAUAUUGGCGUCCUAAAAUAGGAGAUUUUGUGUUUCUUUCAAUAAAUUUCAGAUCAACCUAUUCAAUUUCACCCGAAAUAGAAAUAUGUUAAGAGCGAAAUAGUGUUCAUUAAGAUUUGGGAGCUUUUUGGCGAAAAAAAGGAAAAAAAUUCAGAAGGGAAAAUUUUUGUAAAUAUAAUGGCCAGAAUUUUCGAAAAAAAAUUGACUUCGAAAUAAUGAAGAAAUAGGUACUUUGAAACCGUUGAUAGCUUAAUAAAGCGCAAAAAAAUUGAAAAAAUUGAAAAAUUGAAAAAAUAGGCUUCGUAAGAAAGUCAACUUUUCCAUCUGUAGUCUGUGUGCCACGACUCGAAAUUUCACGGAACGACAUUCCGCUGUUCCGCUGCGUGCGGUCGCGAAGCGUCCUUCGAAUUGAUUGUUAUUGCUGUGGCUGCACAUGAAAGUAGAGUACCUUAAUAAAAGAAAUAAAAAUUAAAAACGCGACUAAGUUUCGCAAAGGCGCACAGCGGAAAAGCGGAAUGUCGUUUGGGGAAAUCCCAAGUCGUGGUACAUAGGCUAUUUUGCAACGACGUCAAUUUCAGGAGAAGAAAAAGCGGGGCCGCAGAUUACACGAAAGGAAAUUCGUUUUCGAUUGGGACGCUGGAGAAGACACUUCCCAGGACUAUAAUAAGCUCUAUCAAGAACGGCAUGAAGUAUUAAAAUCCAAAAAAAGACUUUCAGUUCAAAAAAUAAUCAUUAAGGUCCAAUUUUUCGGCCGUGGUUCGAUUGCCGGCGUCGACGUGAAUGCACAGAAAAAAGAGAAAAGCUCAUUUUAUCACAAUAUGAUGGAGAAACGGCGAACCGAUGUCGAAGUUCAACAGGAGAAGGACCGGUUUGUCUGCUCCUUUUUUGGAAAUUCAUUGUGGAAGCUCUCUGAUUGGUUAACCGUGAAGUUAGGGGCGGAGCUUAAGCGAAGACUUGACGAUAAAAAUCUCAAGAGACUAGCGAAUAGGAAAAAUGAUCCUGCCGAAUUUUGGCGAUUUCGAAAUUGAGUCGUUAUAAUGAUUCCGCGAAAUAGGAAUUUUAGGACCCGCGAAAAAUAAAAUUUUGGUCCUACUAUGAGUGAACCUCCACAUUUGGGAAAAAAUUGGGCAUUUUCCGAUCAAAAUUUUGUUCUCUAACGACUCCAAAAAUGCCAAUUUAGUGUACUACGCGAGAUCUUUUUCAGGAAAUAAAAUGAGAAAAAAAUUAUUUUUUUGAAAAAAAGGCAUCAUCUCUUAUUCGCGGUACGAAACGGCGAAGUGAACCAUUUCAUUUCUAUUUGCGAAGCGGUUGCGUCGCGGUUCUGGCGCCAAUCCAAAAAGUUAUCCUUCUCGUCGAAAUCAUUAACAUUUUUCUCGAGGCCUUUUUGGAAAGCGUUUGAAUCAAUUUGGUCAGAAGGAAACUUAAGAAAAAUUCAAAAUUCCGAUGGUUUAAAAUUCUCAAACAUAAUUUGAAUGCCAAGCUGAGAAAAAUAUGUCUUACAUAGUCCGUUUUUUUUUCGUCUUGAAACCCUGGGAUUUCUCUGCGCCCUCCUCGUCUCUCGGUGUCUCUCUCAUGUUGACGUGCUAUUUUCAUGUUUUUCUGACCUCGUCGGUGAGGGAACAGAGAGACGCAGACACUCAAAAACUCUCAAGUCCCGUUGGACGAACUAUAUAAAGUUUCAAAAAAGAAUUAUUUUUUUUUUGCAGAAUGGAAAAAGAGAAGCAGAAAGAACGGAAAACGGCUCACGACGAUCGUCAUUGGAGGAUGAAGUCCUUGGAGGAAAUGACGGAUCGUGAUUGGCGCAUUUUCCGCGAAGAUUUCAACAUUUCCAUCAAGGUAGCUCACAGUAAGAAAAAAUCCAAAUCGAGUGUAAUUAUCAUCGAAAUUAAGUUUUUUUAUACUGUUUCGUAAAUUUUACAAAGCUUGUUCUUCUGUUCACAACAGUGAUUUUGCGUAUUUUCUUGAUUUCGUCAUUAAAAAAAGGAAUUUUUAUUGAAAAAUUCAUCAGCUCUUUUCUAUCAUUUUUGCUUCCGAGUCCCUUUUUCGAGCCCUCAAAGUUCCAGUAAAAGUUCAAGACUUAUCUUUUCCCACCUUGAUUCAUUUCCAUGUCCUUGUGGACUUUUUACUGUUUUAGGGAGUUUUUUAAGCUCCUUUUGGUGAAACUUGACAAAAUGGCACCCUAGGACCUCCUGAUUUCGGAACAAAAAUUUUUUUUUGCAAUAGAUCUUUUUUUGAGUCUAUAAAGUACAAAAUAGCAAAUUAAGACAAAUAAACGCAAUUUUUUAGCUUUUGAAGUGUCCUAACUCGAAAACGAGAUCUACCAGGAAAAUCUCUAGUGGCCACUAUAGAGGCUCGCCAAGGACUACUUGAAGAGGACACUAAAGUGACCACUAAACCCACCUCUAUAGUGGCCACUUCAGUAGUUUUUCAUCCAGUAUUCCUUCCAGUAACUCUGAUAAUUUUAAAACAAACAUAUUAGACCAGUUAUGUCGAUCCAUUGACCCCUAAAGUGGCCACUUAAAUUUUUAGUCGCCUAGUAGUAGCACUUAGACCACUAAUUUGACCACUAUAGUGGCCACUAAAAAUUUUUAAAAUUUUUCUUGCAUCGGAACACUUCAGAAAUUGAAAAGUUUAACCCAGGGGGGAGGGAUAAAAAACACGUAAAAAAGGAGAGAAAGGAAAGAAAUCUCACAAUUUCAAACGAUUUCCAGGGCGGUCGAGUCCCAAGACCUCUGAGAAAUUGGGAGGAAUGCGGCCUUCCGGUUGAAGUCUACAAAGCCAUCCAGGAGGUUUCGAAACACGAAAAAAUCUAUUCUGAAGCUGAUUUUUCCAGAUCGGCUACGUCGAACCGACGCCAAUUCAGCGUCAGGCCAUCCCGAUCGGCCUUCAGAAUCGUGACGUCAUCGGCGUCGCCGAGACGGGUUCCGGAAAAACUGCCGCGUUUCUGCUGCCUCUUCUGGUGAAUUUCUUCGAAAAGUUGUUCAACUUGGCCACGGUUAACCCAAUCGCUCCUAUGAGACGCAAAAUAUUCCUCCCUAAAAGGCUGAAGUUUAGGCGGUCCUUAUAGAGGUUUAGAUCUGACCCUCCUGUGACUUUUAAGUGGUCCCUAUAGGGAUCUUUGAGAUUUUGUUCUGCUUAGAAAGGUGUCUCAAAUGUGACGUAUGGAGAUAUAAGGCCAUUUUUGCAAACUUUAAUGAUCCCUUUAGGGGAAGAUUAAGUGACCCCUAGAGGGAACCUUCUAGGGACCCUAAGACUGUCCCUCUAGGGACCACUCUAAAUAUUAUAAAAGUAGACGUUUUUUGACCAGAAUAAAGAUGAGACAAGCUAGUACGAAAUAUAGUCUGUUCAGAUUUAAAAUGUCAAGUACUCGCUCAAGCUCCGCCCCUAAUGGCGCGAGCCAUCCACAGAGCGUUUUCAAAUGACGUCAUUCUACUUGACAUUCAAAACCUGAACGGACUAUAGGCUACAUAGUUGCAAAGACUUUCAAAGUUCAGUAUUAAUUUUUAAAAAAUGGUUGCAGCCUUGAAUGAAAUUGGCGAAUUUUUAGGUCUGGAUCACGAGUUUGCCAAAAAUGGAAAGGCAAGAACAUCGCGACAUGGGUCCUUAUGCGAUUAUCAUGGCCCCGACUCGUGAAUUGGCCCAGCAGGUUCAUUUUUUGUUUGAAAAAGAUGAUUUUUUGACGAGUUCAGUUUUAUUAAUUGGUAAAGAAAGUUCCGUAGGAAGGAACAGUAUUUUUGGAUAUAGAAAAAAGAAAAAAAAAGCUGGAAAAGGUUUCAAGUUUGAAAAAUAUGUUUAAGUGUUCGUUUCCGAUUUCAAGUAUAAAUUAUCCAAUGUUUUUUUCUUUCAUUUCUCGUUCAUUUUUUUAGGUACCCAAGUAGAAGUUAUUCUUAACUUAGAUAAAGAGUGUCGAUUAAAAAAAAAUCUUUUGAAAAAUCAAAAAAUUCGGGGAAAGUUAUCUGAAAAAAAAGCUGAUUUGGAAGGAUGGAUGAAGCGGUACGGUUCAUUUUCAGAUCGAGGAAGAAACCAACAAGUUUGGAAAGUUGUUGGGAAUCAAGACUGUUUCUGUGAUUGGAGGCGCCAGUCGUGAAGAGCAAGGAAUGAAACUUCGACUGGGUGUGGAGGUAAAAAUUCGAAUUUUUCUGGGAAACUUCUCACCUUUCUGUUCGAGAACUUUCGAUGGAUUUUUUUAAAAUUAUGGAUCUUUAAAAUUUUCUAAAACCUUUCGGCCACGUCAAUAAAAUUAGUAAAAAACUCUGACUUUGACGUGAAAAUUCAACGAAAAUUUCAAGUUUAUUAUUAUUUUUUGACUUAUAGCACGACACUGUUAGAAAAAAAAAUAUUUUGAACUGUGACUAAAACAGUAGUUUUUGAAACGAAAAAAAUAUUUCAAAAAUAUUUUUUUCAGCCAAUUUCUAUUUUUAUUUUUGUGGUGAAAAUGUGUUGUAAAAUUUCAUAAGAAGUGAUAGGAAGAAGUUAUAGAAAAUGUCACAUUAAAAACGGACCAUUAUACUCAAAUUACUAAUUUUUCAUUUUUUUAAGUGUGAUUUUUUUGAAUUAUAGGAGCUUGAAGUUACUGGGGGAACGAUACGGAUCAUUUUCUAGAUAGGAAAAAAACAACAGACUCAUCUGGGGAAAUGUUUAGGGACCACUUCAGUAGUUUUUCAUCCAGUAACUCUGAAAAUUUCAAAACAAACUGAUCCUUUGACCCCUUAAGUGGCCACUAAAGUUUUUAGUGGUCUAGUAGAAGCACUUAGACCCCUAUUGUGGCCACUAAUUUUAAACCCCUUAAGUGGCCACUUAAUUGACUACUAUAUUGACCACUAAAACGUCAAAACCGAAAAGCUGAAAAAAUGAGGGAAGGAAGCUCAGAGAUUUCAGCAAUUUUUCCCGAACAUUAAAGAAAUUUUCGUUCCUUUUUCCAAUAUUUUUAAAAGGGCUUGUGAACUUUUUCAAACUUACAAGAGCAUGUCUGAUCAAAUUUAUUUCCAUUUCCAACAUUUGAACACUGUUUUUCAUCAGUUUUUUGAAAGGAAAAAACGUUUAAAAUCGCCUAUUUUUCCUAUUUCAGGUCGUCAUCGCCACUCCUGGACGUCUUCUCGACGUUCUAGAAAACAGAUAUUUGCUUCUGAGUCAGUGUACUUAUGUAAUUCUCGAUGAGGCCGACCGGAUGCUCGACAUGGGUUUCGAGCCUGAUGUCCAGAAGGUAUCUUCUUUUUUUUUCUCAAUCUUUAAAAAAAAGAGAUAAUUUUCUGAAUCUUUAGGUUUUGGAAUACCUACCGGCGACGAAUUUGAAACCGGACACUGAGGAAUUCGACAACGAAGACGCUUUAAUGCGAUCUUUCUCUACCAGGGAGAAAUAUCGACAGGUUAGUGGAACGGAAAAUUUGAUCCAUUAUUUAACCUAAUGCGUUAAAUAAUUCUCUGCUCCCUCUUUAUCUCUCAGCGAUUUUUCUUUUUUUUUUCACGUGCUUUUUCAUGUUUUGACGAGGGAAAAGAGAGAGCAGACGAGUCAGAAUCCUUUGAUUCGGGAGGAAUAAGAGUAAUUUGAAAGUUAUGAAAGGGGACUGAGAAAUUUCAAAUUCAUAGGUUCAAAAACGAAGGUUUCUAUUUGUUUAUUGAUUAAAAAAAUUCUUGAACAUCUUAAAAAAAUAUUUCAAAAAAAUAGAAAUUCAUAAGUUUUUCAACGUAUCUUUUUACGCAGGAAGAUUUUUUUAAUUCAGAAUUUUGAAAAAAAUUCACACGAUAAGAAUCAAUAUUCCGGGACAGUUUUUUUCGGAAACUUCAGAUUCAAAUUUAAAAAAAUCACAGUAUUAUAAUAAUACAAUACAAAUUUAAGGUUAUGAAGAAGACUUCUUUUUAAACUUUUUCAUCUAGACUUUUUCAGACAACGUUAUAGAAAAUGUCACAUUAAAAAAACGGACCAUUAUACUCAAAUUACUAAUUUUUCAUUUUUUUAAGUGUGAUUUUUUUGAAUUAUAGGAGCUUGAAGUUACUGGGGGAACGAUACGGAUCAUUUUCUAGAUAGGAAAAACAACAGACUCAUCUGGGGAAAUGUUUAGGGACCACUUCAGUAGUUUUUUUCAUCCAGUAACUCUGAAAAAUUUCAAAACAAACUGAUCCUUUGACCCCUUAAGUGGCCACUAAAGUUUUUUUAGUGGUCUAGUAGAAGCACUUAGACCCCUAUUGUGGCCACUAAUUUUUAAAACCCCUUAAGUGGCCACUUAAUUGACUACUAUAUUGACCACUAAAACGUCAAAAACCCUAUAGUGGUCACUAAAAAAAUUUUUCCCAGAAAAAUUAAAAAAACUACAGACUGUGAUGUUCACGGCGACGAUGUCACCGGCUAUCGAAAGACUCGCCCGGGCUUACCUCCGUAGACCCGCAAUUGUACACAUCGGUUCCAUUGGAAGACCCACCGAACGUGUCGAACAGGUUACUGUUUCAGCUUUGUCUAUAAUAAUAAUGAUACUCUAUUCCAGUUAAUUAAGCAAAUGAAUAAAAAAUGUAGAUAACAAAGAAGUGAAAGAAAAAUACUGGAAAAAGUCGGUUUAAAAAGUUUUUAAGGAGGAUUUUUUCUUUUGAAUGUUCUUGAGUGCAGGCUCCUGUUUCAGUUUUUUCGAAGAAGGAAUAAUUCCAAACUUUUUCAACAAUUAGGCCCGGAUAUCUGAAUUUUUUUAUGUCCAGGAUAGUUUUUCAAUAAGAUUUGAUAGAAUUUUUUUCGAUGAAAAAAAUAGAAAAUCAAAAGAAUUUUUUUAAUGAUUUAAUGACUAUUUUUUUAGAAGUUUCAGAAGGAAGAAAUAUGUAUUUUUUUCAACCUCAAACCUCUUGAAAAUAAAUUGGAAAGAUUUUUUUCUAGGAUAAAUCUAAAAUGCUGUGGAAAGGCCGCAAAGGUCCUUAAAUAGCAAAGAAAUAUGAAUUUUUCAACCUUAAAGCCUCGUGAUAAUGUGAGAAAACUCUCGAAUUUCGAAUUGAAAAAAAAAAUCCUUCAUAAAAACGGACCGGCUUUUCCAGAAUUUCUAGUUUUGAAGAAGUAAAAUUGGAAGUAAUUGGUCAGAUGGAGCUUUAAUGAACUUUUAAGCGAACAAUGAAAUCGUGAAAAUGAAUAAAAUGUGGAUUUACAGUGAUAGGGGGAAGGUUUGAGAUUAGACUAGAUCAGAUCUCUUAGAGAGAAGAGUUUUUAAAUUUUCGGGGUCUUUUAAAAUCAAAUCGACCAGUUAAAGGAAUUGAUAACAGCUCGGACCAAAAAAAAAAAACGUGAACGGGGCAUUUCUAGAGACUACUUCAGUAGCCUCAGCGCUCUUAAGUGAUCCCUAGAAAUGGCCAGAAACGUCCGAAGCACGUCUGUUUCACGUUAUCAAUGUCCGAGAGAAGUCGUGAAAAUAACGUUUCAUCUAGAGCACAUAAGAGUUUCAUUCACCUUCCACAUAAUCUAGUUUUUUGAAGGUGGUCCACAUGAUUCCCGAGGAAAGGAAGCGAAAGAAGUUGGUCGAAGUUCUCGAGGAGCAGUUCCAGCCGCCCAUCAUUAUCUUCGUCAAUCAGAAGAAGGUUAGGUUGGAAAAAUAGCACGAAAUCGCAGUUAUUCCCAAAAUUUUAGUAGUCUCUCCACUAACCAGACACUAUCUCUUCUAUCAUCGAGCCAGCCCUUAAUCAGCUAAAUGAGAAAAUAACUUUUUGAUGAUUUUUGUCUUAUUUUCAAAUACUAUUUUAGGGAGCCGACCUUCUGGCUAAAGGUCUCGUCAAGCUUGGCUUCAAUCCGACGGUUCUUCACGGUGGAAAGGGCCAGGAUGCCCGUGAAUAUGCCCUCAGCGCCCUGAAAGACGGAUCCAGUGAUAUUCUCGUCGCUACGGAUGUCGCUGGAAGAGGUUGGUUUAGAAGAAAAUUGGUCCCUAGAAAAUUUUUGGGUACAAAUUUGAAUUGAAAAGGGACAAAUUUGACCGCGUCGCCGACAACUCUAAGAAUAACUACCCAGCCCGGUGAGCGAGAUCGCUGGCGGUAAAAAAAAACUUGUCGCUUUGCCCUCUUCUAGGCGCUGACUCAAGAAAAAUUGAAAAAAAGGCGGUAUCGCGCCAAAAAAUUUGCGAGAUCGCGUUAAAAAAAUGCAAGUUCCACAAAGCAGCACCUUGGCUAAGAAUAACUAGCGAGAGAAAGGCGACAUCGCUUGCGCGACGUUGCAUGCAAUCCGAAAAGUUUGCGAGUUAAAAAAAUGCGAUAUCGCGUCGAAGAAAAAUAGGAGACCCACCGCGAGGGCAGAAGCGACAUGUUUGCCAGGUCGUCAAUUUUCCGUCAGCGAUAUCGUUUUGGCAGUUCAUCUUACCAGGGGAUGGUCUUUGGACGCAGUGGGACUUCUGAAUGAGAGCUGUUGAAUUUAACAAGCUUUUCUAGAUAUAGUUUUUCACGCUGAUUUCAAAUCUGCUCUCAAAAGUUUCCAAUACGUCUGUAAAAAAAGUUAUGGACCCUCAAAAUACCGAAAUCUUCAAUUAAACUUACUUGUAGGGUGAAGAUCAUGCUCCUCUGGUUGCAGAAAACUACUCGACUUUUGAGGGUCCAUAACUUUUCUCACAGGCGUAUUGGGCAACUUUUGAAACCAAAUCUUGAAUCAACGGAAAAAAAUAAAUCUAGAAAAUCUGGUCUCUUUAGACCAAUCUCUGGUGAGUGUAGGCCAGGCUAGACGGUCCUCAGCUCUCUUCAGAAGACAAAAUGAUAAAUACAGUUUUUUGAAAUAUAUCAAAGACAGUUUGACUUUUUCCAGGUAUCGAUAUCAAGGACGUUUCUCUUGUUUUGAAUUACGACAUGGCCAAGACGAUCGAGGACUACACUCACAGAAUCGGACGUACCGGUACGCCUUCUUAUUAUUUUGUACAUUUUAUUCAUUUUAUUCCUUCUUUUUGAUUUUUUCAUACUUUUUACCAAGCAGUAUCACCACAAGUCGACAAAGAUUUCUUCUCAGAAAACUAAUUUUUGAAGUAAUUUUUUCGGAACUUUUUCGGAACUUUUUCAGAGAUUUUGUAAAGGAUUCUUUUGGACUCUUUAUUUUAUUAUUUUCCCUUUUUAGAUUUUUACAUGAAAAUCAGUUUUAUAAGACUUUUUAUAGAUUUUUUUGAAGAGGUGGAGAUUUUUUGGACUUCUUAAUCUUUUUAUAUUUCCUUUUUUUCAAUUUCAAAGAGGCGAAAUUUUACCAAAUAUCAACGAGGAAUUUUUUUCAGGAAAUUGA